CAUCUACUACUAUUUAUUCCUCCAUUUUCAUUUUUCCCUCACUUUCUCAAGAAAACAAAACCCCCCAAAUUUCCCGAGAAAAUGAGAGAAAUUCUCCACAUCCAAGGCGGGCAAUGCGGGAACCAAAUCGGAGCUAAAUUCUGGGAAGUGAUCUGCGACGAGCAUGGAAUAGACAACACAGGAAGAUACAAUGGAGACGCAGAUCUUCAACUCGAAAGAAUCAACGUCUAUUACAAUGAAGCAAGUGGCGGUAGAUACGUGCCACGUGCUGUUCUUAUGGAUCUGGAACCUGGUACUAUGGAUUCGGUUAGAUCUGGUCCGUUCGGUCAGAUAUUUAGACCGGAUAAUUUUGUGUUUGGUCAAUCUGGGGCUGGUAAUAAUUGGGCUAAAGGACAUUAUACUGAAGGAGCUGAAUUGAUUGACUCUGUUCUUGAUGUUGUUAGGAAAGAAGCUGAGAAUUGUGAUUGUUUGCAAGGAUUUCAAGUAUGUCACUCAUUGGGUGGAGGCACUGGUUCCGGCAUGGGAACUCUUCUUAUUUCCAAAAUCAGAGAGGAGUAUCCAGAUCGGAUGAUGUUGACAUUUUCUGUCUUUCCUUCUCCUAAGGUGUCCGAUACAGUUGUUGAGCCGUAUAAUGCCACCCUUUCUGUUCAUCAGCUUGUUGAAAAUGCUGAUGAAUGUAUGGUUUUGGAUAAUGAAGCCUUAUAUGACAUCUGUUUCCGAACGCUGAAGCUGGCCACUCCAACUUUUGGUGAUCUUAACCACCUUAUAUCUGCUACCAUGAGCGGUGUUACCUGCUGCCUUCGUUUUCCCGGACAACUGAACUCUGAUCUGAGGAAGCUUGCGGUUAACCUUAUCCCGUUUCCUCGUCUUCACUUCUUUAUGGUUGGAUUUGCGCCCCUGACUUCCAGAGGCUCACAGCAAUACCGGGCUCUGACUGUGCCUGAGCUGACCCAACAGAUGUGGGAUGCCAAGAACAUGAUGUGCGCAGCUGACCCACGUCAUGGCCGAUAUUUAACUGCUUCAGCCAUGUUCCGAGGUAAGAUGAGCACAAAAGAAGUCGACGAGCAAAUGAUAAAUGUACAGAACAAAAACUCUUCAUAUUUUGUCGAGUGGAUCCCCAACAAUGUCAAGUCCAGCGUUUGCGAUAUCCCACCAAAGGGUCUCAAGUUGGCAUCUACUUUUAUCGGGAAUUCAACUUCCAUUCAGGAGAUGUUCAGACGUGUCAGCGAGCAAUUCACAGCUAUGUUUAGGCGCAAGGCUUUCUUGCAUUGGUACACCGGUGAAGGUAUGGACGAAAUGGAAUUCACCGAGGCGGAGAGUAACAUGAAUGAUCUGGUAGCCGAGUAUCAGCAGUAUCAGGAUGCAACUGCUGAUGAGGUAGAGUACGAGGACGAUGAAGAGGAAGAAGCUUGAUUGAACUGUUUGAUUACUCAGUAUGUGUAUAGUUUAUAUCUUACUGGCUCUAUUUUGCGAGUGAUUAUGAUUGGUGUCUCUGAUCUAAAGAGACCUAGUAAAUUGUUAUGAUUUAUUGAUAUGUAUGGGUUGUGGGUCCUUGUACCAUAGAUGGUAAUUUGUGAUCAAUUUUUGCUUGAAAUUGCAGUGAUGUAUGUGUAUAUCUAGUAGAUGAAAAUAUGAAUCGGAAGUGUCCAUGUUGAUUUUGUAAA